AUGCUUUACCAGAUAGCUCAGAGCUCACCGCCCGAGCAAAUCUAUAAUUAUCUUAGUGACUCAGGAACUGGUCUGCCGGUCACCCUGCGGGUGGACCCCAAAGGGUUCUACUUAUACUGGACAGACCAGAACAUGGAAGUGGAAAUGCUAGACAUUGCCACUAUCAGGGAUGUUCGCACUGGUGUACAUGCUAAAGUUCCAAAGGAUCCCAAAAUACGUAAUGUAGUGCUGAUUGGGUCUCAAGGAUCUCUAGAGGAAAAAACUGUCACCGUGUGUCAUGGCGCUGAUUUCGUCAAUGUGAUGUUCAUCAAUUUCUGCUGUACGAGAAAGGAAAUUGCACAGCUGUGGACCGAGGGGCUGUUUGCGUUGGCGUACAACCUGAACCAGCUCAACAACCCCACGAUCAAGUUCCUCGAGAAGUUACACACCAAGAUCUCUCUCAAAGCUGACAAGUCGGGGAAAAUUCUCGUCAAAAACAUCGUCAAGCUGCUAGCACAGAACAAAGAAGAUAAGAAGCGCGUCGAAAAGGCGCUCAGCGAGUCUGGACUGCCGACGGGCAAGAAUGAUACCAUCAGCCAAUCCAAGUUUCAGUUUGAAGACUUUUUCGCUUUCUACAAGAACCUCACGCAAAGGACCGAAGUUCAGAAGAUAUUCAACAAUCUGACGGAUGGGAAGCCACAUCUGUCCGCCAAUCAGCUGGUCGACUUUCUAAACGAAGUGCAGAGAGAUCCCCGGCUGAACGAGAUCCUGCAUCCGUACGCCGACAUUCAGCGCGCUAAGGACCUCAUCAAAACGUUUUUGAUGUCUGAAGACAAUCCGAUCGUGGCACCGAGUAAGCUGGAUCUCUGCGACGAUAUGGAACAACCUCUAGCGCACUACUUCAUCAACAGCUCACACAAUACUUACCUUACUGGCCACCAGAUCACCGGCAAGUCCAGCGUCGAGAUAUACCGACAGAGUCUACUGGCUGGAUGCAGAUGUGUAGAAUUAGAUUUCUGGAAUGGGCGCACGGACGAGCCGGUGAUCGUGCACGGAUACACUUUCGUCCCAGAAAUUAGUGCCAAGGAGGUACUGGAAGCGAUUGCGGAGAGUGCCUUCAAGACGUCAGACUACCCUGUGAUACUCAGCUUCGAGAACCAUUGUAACCCUCGGCAGCAAGCCAAGAUUGCCAACUACUGCAGGGAAAUAUUCGGAGAUAUGUUGCUUGAUAAACCGCUCGAUUCCCAUCAAUUGGAACCGGGAGGGGAAUUGCCGCCGCCAUCCCUGUUGCGCCAUAAGAUUAUAAUUAAGAAUAAGAAGAAGCACCAUCACCACCAUAAGAAAGAAGACUCGAUAGCUUCCGAGGAGAGCGAGCCACGGCCUGAGGUGCCACAGGGCAAUGGCGAUGUCACCACAGCAACGUUGACACGGCAAGGGUCGUCGGAGUCGUCGGACUCGGAGAGUUCGUCUGGCGAGGAGGAGGCGGGCGGCGCGGACAGCGCCGUGGGCGAGGACGCGCGGGAGACGCACGCCGGCGCAGAGAUCUCCGCGCUCGUCAACUACGUGCAGCCCGUGCACUUCAGCUCCUUCGAGAACUCUGAGAGUCGGGGAGGACGGCCUCGGACGCACGCCGCCGCAGAAAUCUCUGCCAUUGUCAACUACGUGCAACCUGUACACUUCAGCUCCUUCGAGAAUGCGGACAAAAAGAACCGUUUCUACGAGAUGUCGUCGUUUGACGAGAAGCAAGCGACCACGCUGCUGAAGGAGCGGCCCAUCGAGUUCGUGAACUACAACAAGCACCAGCUGUCGCGGGUCUACCCCGCGGGGACCAGGUUCGACUCCUCCAACUUUAUGCCACAGGUAUUCUGGAACGCUGGUUGCCAGUUAGUGGCACUAAACUAUCAAACACUAGACCUGGCCAUGCAGCUUAACCUGGGCACAUAUGAAUACAACAGACGAUGUGGAUAUUUGUUGAAGCCGGAGUUCAUGCGGAGAAAGGACCGUCGUUUAGACCCGUUCGCAGAGAGUACAGUCGACGGCAUUAUAGCGGGUACACUAUCAGUGACGGUGCUGUCUGGCCAGCUCCUCACAGACAAGCGCUGCGGUACAUUCGUCGAGGUCGACAUGUUCGGCCUGCCUGCAGACACCGUGCGCAAGAAGUUCCGUACCAGGGUCGCACCUAACAAUGGCAUCAAUCCUGUCUACGGAGAAGAGCCGUUUGUGUUUAAAAAGACUUCGAGACGCAUCUCUCGCGGCGCCAUAUGGGCCGUGUCACCGCGUGACGGAUUGUUUAUACGUCAGUGCACCGCUCCGCGCCGACACAAUACCAUUCAAACAGCUAGCCAUUACAAACGGCCCACUGAUUGA